AUGUUUUCUGCUGCAACUCGGGAAUCACUUGGUAUCUUGUUCGAUAAACAUAGCCGUUGUAAUUUCGGAGGCAUUUCUCUCUUCUCUUCCCUUCUUUCUUUCUUUCUUUCUUUCUUUCUUUCUUUCUUUCUUUCUUUCUUUCUUAAUGAUUUAAUAUUUUUAUUUGAUUUUCUGGUUUCUUCAAGCUAUAAGCAAUUUUUAAAAAUUUUUUACUUUUUCUUUCUUUAUUUUUUCUUUCUUUCCCUUUCUCUACCGUUCUUUAUUUCUAUCUUCCAUUCUUUUUUAUUUCUUACCUGUUCCCUUUCUUUCUUUCUUUCUUUCUUUCUUACAUGUUAUUUCCAUUUUUUUUCUUUCUUUCUUUCUUUCUUUCUUUCUUUCUUUCUUUCUUUCUUUCUUUCUUAUUCGUUCUUUACUUCUUACCCAUUUCCCCGCUUCUUUCUUUCUUUCUUUCUUUCUUUCUUUCUUUCUUUCUUUCUUUCUUUCUUACAUGUUAUUUCCACUUUUCUUUCUUUCUUUCUUUCUUUCUUUCUUUCUUUCUUUCUUUACUUCUUACCCAUUUCCCCGCUUCUUUCUUUCUUUCUUUCUUUCUUUCUUUCUUUCAUGUUAUUUCCACUCUUUCUUUCUUUCUUUCUUUCUUUCUUUCUUUAUUUAUUAGCCGUUUCUGCCUCUCUUUCUUUCUUUCUUUCUUUUUUCUUACCGGUUAAUUCUUCUUUUUCUUUCUUUUUCUUUUCAUUCUCUCUUUCUUUUUCUUUCUUCCAAGUUGUCUUCCCUUCUUUCAUUCUUUCUUUCUUAUUUUCUUUUUCUUUGUUUCUUUCUUUGUUUGUUUCUUUCUUUCUUUCUUUUAGCUUUUCCAUUUUUUUUGCCUUUCUUAUAUUUUUAUUCCUUCUCACUUACGUUUUCUUUAUCUUCUUCACUUUUCCUUUCUUUAUUAUUUACCUUUCUUUUCCUUAUGCAAUCUCUCUCUCUCUCUCUCUUCUCUUUUUCUUUUUCAAAAGUCGUAAAUAUUCGUUUGAUGUUUUUCCCGCUCUGUAA